AGUCACUUUCUGUCUGAUUUCAAGUUUUUAGAGAGAGAAGAAAAAAUCCAACAAGCAAACCGCCGCAGAAGCAUCGGACAUGGAGAAGAAGAAGGAAGAGAUUAUGAACUCCGGCGGCGGCAGCGGCGGCGGAGGCGGCGGCGGUGGUGGGUAUUUGCCAUUUUCCGACAGUAUGACAGGCGGCAGUUUAUUUGAUUUUUGUGAUGGUGAAAAAUUGUCUGUUGGGUUCAUGGAGCUGCUUGGUGUUAAAAAUGGUGAAUUUAAGGAUUAUUGUUCGGAGGUUGUGAACCCUCCGGACACCCCUAAUUCCUCCUCCAUCUCCUCCCCCUCUACCGACGCUGCCGAUCACGACGCUGACGGUGAAAAUCCUCAACAACAACAUAAGCCAUGUAAUAAUCCUUUGAAGGUGAAGAGGAGGAAGCAAAAGAGAGAGAAGGGACAAAGAUUUGCUUUCAUGACGAAGAGUGAGGUCGAUCAUCUCGAAGAUGGGUAUCGUUGGAGGAAGUACGGCCAAAAAGCUGUCAAAAACAGCCCUUUUCCUAGGAGCUAUUAUCGAUGCACCAAUGCAUCUUGUAACGUAAAGAAGAGAGUUGAACGAUCUUUUGUUGAUCCAACCGUCGUGGUCACCACGUACGAAGGCCAACACACUCACCCAAGUCCGAUUCUCACUCGGUCCGCCUUAGCGAUCGCCACUCCACCUCCGCCCUCCAUGUUGGGAGGAGGGUGUGUCGGUGUUGCACCCAUACCAUGGCUCAAAGCUAGCAACGACACUCAUGCAAUAUCUCAUCAAUACAUACAAAACUCGACCUUCUACCCUCCCCAACAUUCAACCGUCGAUUACAACCGCAGCCUCAUCGGAGCAGCGAACAUGGCCGGAUUGCUUCAGGACAAAAGAUUGUGCAACCCAAAUCCUGCUUUUCUUGCCGACCAUGGGCUGCUUCAAGAUGUUGUUCCUCCUCAUAUGCUGAAACAGGAGUAAAAAAAAAAUAAACUUUACAAUAAGUUUAGACAUAUAUAU